AUGGUUGUCUUGAACAAGUUCUCCGUUGCCCUUGUGGCCGCUAUGGCUGCUGUUGGCCAGGCCACUCACGAGGGUCUCCAUGCUCGUCGCGUCCUGGCUCGCUCCGUCACCCCUGGUGCCGAGGCUUCCACCUCGACCGUCCUCGUGGUGCCUACUCCUGCCGAGCCAGCUCCUACAGCUUCCACUGCUGUUUCUGCUCCCGCUGAGAAGUCCUCUCUCGCGCAGUCCUAUUCUACCGUGAAGUCCUCUUCUGCUGUGCAAUCUUCUUCGGUCUCCUCCGUGGCUUCUAGCGCCAUUCCUUCCGUUGCUUCGUCUGUCAUUCCCAGCGUUGCCUCUUCUUCGGUCAUUCUUGGUGCGAGCUCCUCUGUGCCUGCUGGCUCUAUUUCGCCUAUUGCUUCUUCUAGCAAGCCUGUGGUUACCCGCACUCCCGUUAGCUCGCGUCCUACUGGUCGUCCCACCAAGUCCUCUUCCGGCACUCUGUCCAGCACUCUGUCUGCUCCCGCGGGCACUGACCUCCCUGGCGAUGACUCCGUGACUGUGACUUACACCGUGACCUCUGGAACUUCUACGAGCGUCAUCACCACCACCAUCUCCAAGACCGCCACUGAGCAGCACACUGUCACUGCCACUGAGUCUGCCUCCGAUGUCUCGGCCACCAAGACCGCCGCUGAGCAGCACACCGUCACUGCCACGGAGUCUGGCUCCGAUGUCUCUGCUACCAAGCCUGCUGAGAAUACCACCCACACUCGCACCUCCAUCAUCAACAGCACCAGAACCGAGACUGUCACUCUCGUUGAAGCUCCUACUCCUUCCGGUGCUGCCGGCAAUGGCUCUGGUGCUUGCGCCGCAGUUACUGUUACUGCUACUGUCACCGAGACUGUGACUGUGGGCGCUACCGAGACUCAGACCCCUGACAAUGGCAACGGUGAAAGUGCUCAGAGCACCUCUACUAAAACCGCUGCUGCUUCGACUGAGACUGCCGCUGCUUUGACUGAGACUGCCGCUGCUUCGACUGAGACUGCCGCUGCUUCCGCCACCCGCACUGCCACUGGCUCCACCCGUAUUCCCCUCACCCGCACUCCUACUCCUUCGCCCAGCGGUUUCGCUACCCGGACCCCUUCCGCUAGCGCCAUCGUAACGCCUACUCCCGUCUCCGGCGGCCAGCCCUUGCCCACCAGCUCCCCCAUUGGAAAGGCUUUCUUGGCCAAGUGGCGCCGCCGCUUCAUCUAA